GUGCUCGCGACGCGUUCAGAACGAGAAUCGGACCACAACUAUCGUAGAACUUAAUUCCAAAAAGUCCCAAGAAAUAGACUCUUCACGGCAGACUCUUCUUGCGGUUAAGGAUCAGUGAGCCCUUGAGUGGAGGUGAAGUGCAAUCAUAAACAAACAAACAAGCGCACAAAAAGAACAAUAAUAGUGCUGUAAGACAAACACACAAAUUGUUCAUAUUUUUGUUAUGGUGCCGCGCAAUUGAAAUCUCACAGUGGAUAAAAGGAAGCCUCACCUCGAACAGCCACAGCCACAGCUGCGAAGCCAACAAAUUCCUUCGUGUACCGCCGCUUAAGAGAGUAUAUGGUUCAUUAAAAGUGUGGCAGAACUUUGGCACUGAAGCGACGACGACCUGUGGAAAUGCUCCGGCAGUUGUGCGGGUAAUUUCCCGCCCGGUUUAAUUUGCUCUCCGACUCCGGCCAGCGAGCAUGCGCACCGUCGCCGUUUUCUGUCAUUCGAAAGUUGCUGCCGCUGCGUGACACACAUUCUGAGCAUUAGACUCGAAGCUGCAAGCUGGGAGCUGGACUCUGGCAGACAGGUUGGAGCACUGCCCUGCCGCAUCUGCAAGCACAAAGACACAGACGAGGAGGGGACCUAGGUCGGAGCCCAAGCCAAGUCCGAGGCGGCUCUGUUGCAUUAUUCAUGCUCUGGGCCUCUGCAACGGGAACGAACUGAGCUGAACUCCAAACUCGACGCAAAACCCACUGACGACCCAAGAUGACGCUGCGCUUAGUCAGCAUAUUAUCGGCGGCCGUACUUCUUCUAUGGCCCGCACAGCUGGAUGCAUUUAUCACACCGAAUACAGGAUGUCACCAUAAUGGCACUUGGUUUGCGGACAAAUCGGUGGUGCCAAGCAUGGAGAAGUGCCUGAACUGCCAAUGUAACCGAAAGACCCUCGUCUGUCGGCUCAAGGUCUGCCCCGAAAUGCCGAUGCCCCCGCCCAGGGGCUGCGUCGUGGUCCAAAAGAAAAGCACCUGCUGCCCGUACCUCUCUUGCGCGCGCCUGGAUGCGUUCUACAAGAUACCCACCAAACGCCGCAUCAUAGCCUACUUGGACCACUACGAACGGGAGUCCAUCGACAGGGUGGUGAACGACAACAUGCUGCAACGGAGGUCCGACGAUUCGGACACGGAUCUGUUUGUAUGUGUAAAGAAUGGAACGGUCUACAAGUCAGGAUCUGCUAUGUCGUCAUCCAAUUUAUGCAGCUACUGUUAUUGCAUAGGCGGCACAGAAAAGUGCGUGAAACCAAAGUGCAUGCUGCCAGUGCAGGGCUGCAAGCCGAUCUUCGUGGACUCCACCUGCUGCCCAGUGAGGUACGACUGCAGCAGCAAAACCUCCGGCAAGUCCUCGCAGGAAAUGCGCUACAGGAAGACCUCGAACAAGCACUUCCAGCGAAUGUCCCAGCGCCUGCAACGCAAUCGGGGCUGCACGGUGGGAUCUCAGUUCUACGCCGAGGGUCAGAAGAUGCGGUCCGAUUCCGACAGGCCUUGCGACAUCUGCUUCUGCAUCCGUGGAACGCGGCGUUGCGCCCCGAAGAAAUGCUCCCCGGCGUUGAAGAACUGCAUUCCGGUGGUGCCAAAGGGGCAGUGUUGCCCUUCCAGCUACGACUGCGGCAGCCAGCGGAACUACCGCCGAUCGCACAACUCCCGCCAGUUCAACCUGUACAAUAUGCUCUUCGGCAAGGAGGACGACGAGCAGCCGGAAGUGCAGGAGUCGGCCAUAAUUCCCCAGAAUGCCAUGGCCGAGAGAUACCCCCAUGAUCGUCAUCCCACCAAGACACCCCAGGGCGAUCCCCUCGAAGCCAGCAGUGAGAAGAGUAUUCUGGACACCAUUCGCGAAGGCCUGGAAUUUAUAGACGGAAACAACAACAAAAUGUUGGCCAACAACUUGGAUCUCGUUGGCAUAAAAACCACAGUGGCUCCUCCUAUGAUGCGUACGGAGGCCAGUGAUGAGGUGACCAGCACCUCCACCGUGAGUUUCCUGGACCUUCUCCUGGGUCCAACCCCGGAGAACGGGCAGCCGGAGGAUAUCAGUCAGCCGCAAUCGACAACCACAAAAAACACCCUGUCCUGGAUGGACAUAUUGCUUGGACCCGAUGAGGAGGAACUCGGACCCAUCACAGAAACAUACCAGGAAGGUCUGAGCAGUAGUACCACCACCUUGAACCCAAAGGAGGAGCUAGUGUCCUCCACAAACAACAUCAAGCGAAUAGCGGACGACUUUGAGGAACAACUGGACAACGGAGGAAUGGCGGUUGGGGAACUGCCAGCGGAUGCCCAGCAAACCCACGUGGGAAAUGCUGGAAUUUGGCCCAAGCCCGCUGGAGAAGGUGUUGAUCAGCCCUCGAAAGAAGAACCAAGCUUGUUCAAUGCAUUCAUGGAUGGACUAUCUGGAAUUCUCGAAGAACCUCUGAAUGGAACUUCCAACAGUACAACCACCACAACAACGGAGCAUGCACCACCCAUGUUCCGACCUCUGCCACAGUCGGCGAAGCCAAUUCACACGAGAAUAAACUCAAAGCUGGCCAACUUGACAGUGACUCCCCCCAUGCUGCUGGUGACCAGAAAGUACGGCCAACCAGUGACCAACAGAACACCUUCCAACAGUAUCAGUCAGAGCAGCACUACAACAACGACAACCACAAAGAGACCGUUGAGUACAACCACCACCAAAACCACUCCAAAACCCCAAACCACUAAUAAGCCCAAGGUAAAAUCCACCAAAAGACCCAUCCCCGCCCCUCCACAGGCCAUUAUAUUAAAGUCCACAACACCAGCACCUGCGACUUCAAGGCCUGCAACUCCGAAGCCUUCAACUAAGACUAUUCCCAAAAAUUCAACUACAAGACCAACUACUCCCAAGCCGACUUCAGUGAAACCCCAUACCACGAAGCCCCCAGCAAGAACUGAAACUAUUUCUUUAAUAGUUUCUUCAACCACCACCACUACCACAACGACUUCCAAGCCCAGCACCACAACAACCACCGCUCGCACCACCAGCAAGCCUAAAUUCAAGCCAAAGCCCAAGCCCUUCAUCACAAGCACUCCCAAACCCUUGGUCAUCCAAACGAACCCCACCAUCUUGGAAGCCGAGCCCCUGGAGAUCAACGGGGAACCAACAUUGCCGCCCAGUCUCCCCAACUUAAAGAUAAUACCCUUCCUGCCCACGGAUGCCGUCGAGACGGUGCCAAAGGAUAACUAUCCCGCCAACUUCUACCAGCAGAAGAUAGCCUCGGAUAAAAUGGAUGUGGUCGGCUAUGAUUCAGUGGAAGACUCGGUGGCUCUAUACUCCCAGUCGCAGCCGGACCAAGCAGCCUACAAGUACAAGUUCAACGUGGAAGUUCCGGCGGCCGAAACAGCUCCGGAGCCGGUGGUGCAUGUGGGUGGCCAGUAUGAAGGUACGGCAGAUUAUGUUAAGUUUGACUUUGAUCGCCCGGUGGCGCCACCAUCUCACAGUGGCUUUUUGCCGCCAACCGAGACCGAGGGCGGAUUCAUGCCCAAGGAACCUCUUGUCAUUGACGGGGAAGUCCUCCAAGAGCAUGUCACUUCCAGCGGGAUAAAAGGUCCCUUGGAUAACUUUCAUAUAACGAAGCACAUAAUCGAUAUUACAACUGCAGCUGCGCGUGCCAAUGAUACAGCAUCUUCCAUAGAAAUCACCACUCCAGACCCCUUUAAAGAUGUCAUACACACAGAGCCGCCCCCCAAGCUCGAUGACUUGAUGGAGGACAAAGCGAAAAAGAAGCCCGUUAUAGAACGCAUCGAAACUGUCACAUACAGCGUCAGCAACUCGACGUCCUCCUCCUCCUUGGCCACGUCCUUCAGCAGCACAGCAGCAGCGGUAAAACCUGCAAUUGAAAAGGAAAUUCCACUGGUGGAUAAAUAUGAAAUCAACAAGUUGGACAUGCUUUUGGACGAGCUGCUGGGCAUGCAGCUGUCAAAGGAGGACACUACAAGGAGCACAGUGCCGCCAUUUAAGCAACUACCAUCAGAAAUAAUAAAGACAAGUACAACAACUACAACCACAACCACAACAGAGGCACCAACAAAAUCUACAACUAAAACAAGGCACACACCGACAGCGGCCACCACAGGUCGGCCAACAGCGACAGCACGUGUUCCUGCCAAAAAGACCAGCAAUAAAACGAAAAACAAACAGACCACGGGUAAUAGACGAAAAGUCCAGAGUGCCACGCGCCGCACAAAUCCUGCAACUGGAGCGGCUUCUGCAACAGGACCAACAGCAGCACCGACCAGAGCUACGCCAGCAGCAUCGUCAGUGCAAACAACAACACCGACAACGACAACGACAACCACGACCUCCACCACCGAGGCACCCACAACACCGAAGAGCACUCUUCAUCCAUUUUUAAACUCACCGUUCGACAAAUUACCCUUCAUGGAUGCCAGCUAUGAGGUGAAGCCGCACAGAUUGCAGCCACAACAGCAGUUUGAGGCACUGCAGCAGCAACAUGAGCAGGCCGAGCAGCAAUUCCACCAUUACCAGCAUGCAACACGGCAGCCUACAGCCACUGCUGCUGCCACAUUAGCAACCCCGCCACAGGAUACACCCACAAAUUGGUCCGAGAGGGGCGGAGGUGAGGGCGGCGAGGACCCCCUCGGCCAACUCAAAUUGGCAGGAUGCAAUAUUUACGGACGCAUGUACCGGGUGGGCAGGAUAAUCGUGGAGCUGUCCAGCCAGUGCCUGGAAUGCAAGUGCACCGAGGUGGGCGUCAAGUGCGGCCCACUAGACUGUUAAUUUAGAAAUCCCCGAUGUCCUCUUGGGGGAUUACCCGGAAGUUGUAGAGGUUAAGUCUCGGAUCGUAGCAUUAUCGUAGAAUAAGGGGUAGCAUAAGUUGUAUCAUAGAAAGGUAAAAGCAUUGGCCAAACACUUGAAUAUAAAUAUUAUUCAUAGCAAUGCAUUUAUAUCGUAAACUAGGCUAGGAACUUAACAUAAUAAUAAGCUAAUAAUCCAUAUUUAAUUUCAAAAAUUUUCUAUGAAAUUAGCUAUGAAAUAAAAUAAUUUUAAUCCGAAA